UCAAAGUUACUGCAAUAGAAACCAUGUCGAAAACUACUUCUCUCUGUUUCUCUCCACUUUUCAUUGGUCUCAUUUUCAUUUUGGCUGCCUUGAUGAAUUCUGAAGGUGUGGAUGGCGUCAAAUGCACCGAGGUACCGUUUACAGAUGCUACCUGUGAUUUCAUGUGUCGAAAUCACUUUGGGCCGAAUGUUCCAAUUGUGUGGUGGAAAUAUCAUGAAAAGUCAUUGUUAUUCUUAGACAAAAACUGGUGCACAUGUUGCGUGGAUAAUCAAUAUCUGAACGAAGGUCUCCACACUUGCGCCCUGAUCCCGUAUAACCCCGUUCCCGAUCUUCCCGCCGAGCUAGCUUGUUUAGUUAGAUGCGAAGAAAAUCUUGGGUAUGAUUUUCCAAUUUCCGCUGCAAAUUAUAUUGAAAUAUCCCUUAAUUUUUUGGAAAACAACACUUGCCAAUGCUGCACGAAAGUAUCUGGAUGAACCACCAUCUCUGCACUGAUCACUUACGCACCUGUUCAUCGAUGGCCUAAUCGUCCUUUUGGUUCUUACUAGAUCACCAUGUACUAGCAAAUAAGAACAAAGAAGAGGAAAACCAGUACGUGUUUAUGAGUUCUGCUUUAUUAGUAAUUGUUCGUAUUUUCAAUUAGCAUCAUUAGGAGUUUGUCUCGAUCCGAGUUGCAAACUCUUAUUUUCAUGUGUGUACGCUAAGUUCCAUCUCAUCAAUAAAUGAAUUACCCACGUUUGUA